AUGAAUGUAUGCAAUAUGAAAGGAGUUAAAUAUUUGUAGACUUUUUAAAGAUCGUCUAGACAUUAAUGAAGAGACAUAAAUGGGGUCACAUGGCAACAAUCAAGCCUAUAUGAACCCGCCCAUUAGAUAACACUCACCCAAAUUCAUACCACCACCUCACCCAUUUAUUAGAGUUAUGUGGAAGUUGAAGAUAGCACAAGGGGAUGAUCCUUACCUGUUUACCACCAACAAUUUUGUUGGUAGGCAAGUUUGGGAAUUCGACCCAAAUGGCGGAACUCAAGAUGAACGUAGAGAAGUUGAAGAUGCCCGUCAGCGUUUUAGAAACAAUCGGAGAGAAGGCAUCCAUCCAUGUGGUGAUUUGCUUAUGCGGAUGCAGUUGAUCAAGGAAAAAGGAAUCGAUUUAUUAAGCAUACCGCCGGUAAGGUUGGGAGAGAAAGAGGAAAUGAAUUGUGAAGCGGCGACGACAGCAGUUAAAAAAGCAGUUAGAUUGAACCGUGCGAUUCAAGCAAAAGAUGGUCAUUGGCCUGCAGAAAAUUCCGGUCCUAUGUUUUUCACUCCUCCCCUUCUUAUUGCAAUGUAUAUCAGUGGAGCCAUCAACACACAUUUAACCAAACAACACAAGACCGAAAUGAUACGCUAUCUCUACAACCAUCAAAAUGAUGAUGGAGGGUGGGGAUUUUAUAUCGAGGGACACAGCACCAUGUUCGGGUCUGCAUUAAGCUACAUAGCCUUAAGGUUGCUAGGAGAAGGACCCAAUGAUGGAGAUGGUGCGGUGGAGCGAGGCAGGAAGUGGAUACUUAAGCAUGGUGGUGCAGCCACAAUUCCCUCUUGGGGCAAGACUUAUCUCUCGGUGCUUGGUGUAUAUGAAUGGGAAGGCUGCAAUCCACUUCCACCAGAGUUUUGGCUUUUUCCUGAAGCUUUACCAUAUCAUCCAGCAAAAAUGUGGUGCUAUUGCCGGACAACUUAUAUGCCCAUGUCAUACUUGUACGGGAGAAAAUUCCAUGGUCCAAUAACUGAUCUUGUUUUGCAACUUCGGCAAGAAAUCCAUCCGAUCCCGUAUCAUGAUAUAAAUUGGAAUAAACAGCGCCAUAACUGUUGCAAGGAAGAUCUCUAUUAUCCUCACUCAACAGUCCAAGAUCUGUUAUGGGAUAGCCUUCAUUACUUGAGUGAGCCAAUCCUUAAGUAUUGGCCGUUCACCAAGUUAAGAGAAAGAGGUCUCAAAAGAGCAGUUGAGCUAAUGCGAUAUAGUGCCCAAGAGAGCAGAUAUAUUACCAUUGGAUGUGUAGAAAAGAGCUUGCAAAUGAUGUGUUGGUGGGCUGAAAACCCAAAUGGGGAUGAAUUCAAGCACCACCUUGCUAGAGUGCCCGAUUAUUUAUGGCUAGCAGAAGAUGGGAUGAAAAUGCAGAGUUUCGGGAGUCAAACAUGGGAUUGCACACUUGCAACUCAAGCAAUAAUAGCAAGUAAUAUGGUUGAAGAAUAUGGUGAUUCAUUAAAAAAGGCCCAUUUUUAUAUCAAAGAAUCUCAAAUCAAACAAAAUCCUUCUGGAGAUUUCAGUAAAAUGUGUCGGCAGUUUACUAAAGGGUCGUGGACUUUCUCUGACCAAGAUCAAGGCUGGGUUGUCUCAGAUUGCACAGCUGAAGCAUUGAAGUGUCUUCUAUUACUAUCGAAAAUGCCUGAGGAAAUUGUGGGAGAAAAAGCAAAAGACGAGUGGUUAUAUGAGGCUGUUAAUGUCCUCCUUUACUUGCAGAGUCCUAUAACCGGAGGUUUUGCUAUUUGGGAGCCACCUGUCCCACAACCAUAUUUACAGAUGUUGAAUCCUUCAGAAAUUUUUGCAGAUAUUGUUGUUGAGAAAGAGCAUGUUGAGUGCACAGCAUCAAUUAUCCAAGCCCUUGUAGCCUUUAAUCACUUGCACCCAGGGUAUCGGGAGAAAGAAAUAGAAGUUUCAGUGGCAAAAGCGGUUUGUUUUUUGGAGGGAAAGCAAUUGCAAGAUGGUUCAUGGUACGGUUAUUGGGGAAUAUGCUUUCUGUAUGGCACAUUUUUUGCACUAGGAGGCUUAAUUUCUGCUGGGAAAACAUAUAACAACAGUAAACCAGUUCGUAAAGCAGUUGAGUUUUUCCUUUCGAAACAAAAUGAAGAGGGUGGAUGGGGGGAGAGUUACAAGUCUUGCCCUAGUGAAGUAUAUACACCGUUGGAAGCAAAUCGUACGAACCUAGUUCAAACCUCAUGGGCUAUGCUUGGUCUUAUGUUAGGUGGACAGGCCGAAAGAGAUCCGACGCCAUUGCACAAAGCAGCAAAAGUACUAAUUAAUGCACAGCUAGAUAACGGGGAUUUUCCUCAACAGGAGAUUACUGGAGUUUACAUGAAGAAUUGCAUGUUACAUUAUCCAGAAUACAGGAACAUCUUCCCGCUUUGGGCACUUGGGGAAUAUCGCAAACGAGUUUGGAUCAAUUAAACUAAUAGACUGAAGUGCCUUUGAUGGCUGUAUCUGUGGUGCCAACCUCUGGCUAGGUUUGGUGAAAUACAUUUAAGUUGGCCGUUGAAAAAAAAAACCGACUGAAGUGUCAAGCUGGAAUAAUAGAAUAAUCCAAAUCUAGAAAUGUGUGCAGAUCAUAAGCCAGUGGUCCUGUAUGUUAAAUUCUGGUGUCUUGUGUUACUCUUUUAUCCUAAGAAACUAAAACAAGGUUUGUAAGGUUUAUGUGGGCAUAGAUUGCUAAUAAUGUAUUAUUUGGAAGA